AGCUUCUUGCGGAAUAUUAUGGUUCGCGUGCUUCUCUUUGGUGUUCUUAUCAUCGUUGUCAGAUUUGCUUAUGUUGUUACCAUCACCGGUGAAUCAUGUAACCGCGGCGACUUCUGCUUCUUCUCUCUCCCUGACAAUCUCAACUUUGUCAUCUCCGGUGCUGGCUCCGGCGCUUCUGCUAUCGACGCCAUCAGAUCUACUUCCCCUGGGGAUGAUCUCUAUACCAGCAGGGAUUGGAUCAAAGCCGUUCAGUUUUACUCCUCCAUCUUUCAGGAUCUGAUCGCCGACGGUUAUCUAUCUCCGGAAUCGAAGACGCUUUGUGUGGAAACGGCGAUUGGACAAGAGGUUCACUCACUCAGAGAGAUUGGGGUCAAGAACUCCGUCGGGAUCUCUAAGAAGGCUUUUAGGCCGUUGGUGGUCAGAGGCGAGGGGCAUGCUAUUCCCUUUGAGGAUAACGCUUUCGAUUUUGUGUUCUCCGGUGGUGGCCGCCUUGGGAAGUCGUUGAAGCAGUUGGAAUUCGCCGACGAGAUUACUCGAACACUGAAACCCCAAGGGUUUGCGGUGGUUCAUGUUGGGGCUACAGAUACGUACAGUUUCAAUUCAUUCCUUGAUUUGUUUAAUUCUUGCAGAUUGGUGAAGAUGCGUGAUAUCGAUGGUUUUGAUUCUUCAAUGCCUCAUAUCAGAGAAUUCGUUAUUCAGAAAUACUCAGAGAUUGAUGGUCAUCAUCACCGGAAGAAUUCCGGUGAUGAUUCUGGUGGAAAGUGCUGGAUUCCCGGUUACAAAAGAGAUUUGAUUCGGGAUGCAGAGCCACUGAUUCAAGAGGAGCCUCUUAAGCCAUGGAUUACACUUAAGAGGAACAUUAAGAAUAUUAAAUAUGUGCCUUCUAUGGUAGAUAUACGUUUCAAGAGUAGAUAUGUAUACGUUGAUGUUGGUGCUCGAAGUUACGGGUCCAGUAUUGGGAGUUGGUUCAAGAAAGAGUACCCUAAGCAGAACAAAACUUUUGAUGUUUUCGCCAUUGAGGCUGACAAAGCCUUUCAUGAAGAGUAUAAGAUUAAGAAAAAGGUGAAUCUAUUGCCAUACGCAGCAUGGGUGAGGAACGAGACAUUAUCAUUUGAGAUAAAUCACGAUCCAGGAAAGGAAGCGGAAGCCAAAGCAAAGGGCAGGGGAAUGGGCAGAAUCCAGCCGGUUAAAAAGUCUUCCUCGAGCUCAAGCAGUGACUUAGCUGGAGAGGUCAAUUUGAUUCAAGGGUUUGAUUUCGCUGACUGGUUGAAGAAGAGUGUGAGGGAGAGGGAUUUUGUUGUGAUGAAGAUGGAUGUGGAAGGAACCGAAUUCGAUCUGAUCCCGAGGCUAAUCAAGACAGGAGCGAUUUGUCUAAUCGACGAGUUGUUCCUUGAAUGCCAUUACAACAGGUGGCAGAGAUGUUGUCCUGGUCAAAGGAGCCAAAAGUACAACAAGACUUAUAACCAAUGCUUAGAGCUCUUCACUUCGCUCAGACAAAGAGGGGUGCUUGUCCAUCAGUGGUGGUAAUGGUUAGGAUGCUGCAUAAUCUCCUUCUUCUAUGCUUGGGUGAAUAUCUUUUCACCAACUAUAAAAUGUACUUUCUUCUUCUAGAAUAUAAAACGGAUAUUGUAGGUUUCUAUUAAAAAUACGUUGUCUGUGCUGAAAUUCCCUUUUACUGUAAGAAAAAAGAAGUUUAGCU